CUUUUCUGCAGUGAUUCCACGAAGGGCGCGAGCAGUUUAUGAUGUCACUUCAAGUGUAAAUAUUUAUUGUGCAUUCGCAAUGGAGGAAAAUACGAGAAAAUGCUACAUUUGUAGCGCCGAGACGGUGUAUUUUUGGAGGGACAUUUGCACGCUGAUGACUAAGCACUCAGAAACGCCCAUCUACAAAAUCCUGGAGAGAAUCACAGGCAGUGAAUUUGUGCAGCUGGAGGAAUCCCACAACACUGUGAUCUGUCACGCCUGUUUCCUCAAGAUUGACGAGUACGAUCUGGCUGUGAAGACUGUGCAGAAGAUAGAGCAUGAAUUCAUCUCGCUACUCAAGGACAGAGACACUGAUAUAAUAGUGGAGAUGAUUAAGGAGGAGUCUGACAUUGCUCAAGAAGUUCUGCUACAGGACGCUGAAUUCUUCGAGAAGAUAGCUGAGGAAGAAUGUCCCAUGCCCAGGAAGCGAGUACAGAAGAACGAGUCUCAGAAGCGGGGAAGGAAUAGGAAGAUCCUGAAGAGCAGGGACAAAAGCUGUGCUUUUGUGGAGGACGUCUCGGAACAGUCUGAAACGAAGAUCAAGCUGAUCAACAGAAAGCAAUUGUUGCCGAUGAAGUGCACAAAGUGCUCCAAGGAGUUCCUCGCCAGAUCUGAAUAUAAACUCCACUUAAAGAUCCACGAGGAUGACCAGAAGGUGAUUUGCUACAUCUGUGGCACCACGUACAAGUCCAAGUCCGCCCUGGCCAUUCACAUGGGCAUGCACAACGGCGUGAGUCCCUUCGAGUGCAGCAUCUGCCAGAAGAAGUUCACCCAGAAAGGCGCUCUGGUGCGUCACAUGCCGAUCCACACGGGCGAAAAGCCGUAUCAAUGCGAGAAGUGUGGCAAGCAAUUCAUCCACUACUCGUCCUUCCACAUGCACCAGUUGUCGCACGACGACAUCCGGACAAAGAAGUGCCCUAUUUGCGGAUUGAAGCUGCGCUCGAAUUCGCACCUGAAUCGCCACAUGCGAGUCCACAGCGGGGAAAAGCCGUACGCUUGCCCGAUCUGCGAUCAGAAGUUCGCUCAGCGGUACAACAUGACGUCGCACUACAAGACGCACAUGGGCAUCCACCGGAAGUACACGAAGACCUACUCGUGCAAGGAGUGCUCCACCGCCUUUCGGUACAAGAAGAACCUCUGCGAGCACAUGUUCGAGGCGCACAAGGCGCCAACGCACGUCUCGGUGAUCACAGAACCGACAAUCAAGGUGGAGGGCAUUUAGCGAGUCCCACAG